CCCGUCCUCUGCAGCCCGGGCAGGGCUGCGCUACCGGCUCCCGCCUGAGGGGGUGGCCGCGGCGCGAACAAGCUGAGGAGCGGCCCGUCCUCUGCAGCCGAGGAAGGGUCGCGCUACCAGUUCCCGCCUUUCCGCGGGAGCCAAAACCGGAACCAGGGAAACACACAGGACCAGUGAAACAGGAACCACAGUGAGGAGCACCGUGAAGACGACAGGGACAAAUCUACCCUGAGAUUGGUACCCACAGUCUUCAGCCACUGCAGGACAGACUGACAUCUUAAUUUUGUGGGGAGACCUUAUCUUGGUGGGGCUGUGUUGCAGAGGCUGCAAUAUUUGUGAAGCUCAUAUGGAGCACAGACCAUACGGAUGCUCAGAAACUGACAGUUGGUAUUCUGAAAAAAGAUGUUUUUAAAACCUUUUACAUAUCCACUACCCGAAACAAGGUUUCUUCAUGCAGGCAGAAGUGUAUAUAAACUUAAAAUCAGAUAUGGCAACUUCCUCAGCAGUGAUGAUAUAGACAACAAUGAAAAUACUGCCAAGGAACUAGAGGAAGCCAUUCGAGUAAUCAUUGGAAAUCUUGAUAAUUUACAUCCAUUUGCUACAGAACACUUGACUAUAUUUCCAUAUUUAAGUAAAUGGGAGAGAGUAUCAAAACUGAGAUUCAAACAUGGGGAUACAUUUCUUGCUCCAUAUCCUCAUGUUUGCACUAUGUAUGUUGAACUCAAUUCAUUUCAGCAAAGUAUAUUUGUUGGAAAAGAAGUAAAUAUGGAUGCUUGUAACUUUGUCAAGGAUAGAAUUGAAAUGAUAGAAAAUAUUGAAACGGAAGCAACAGUGAAGUGGAGAAGAGUGGAAGAUCCAGCAGAAAUUUCACAUGCAAAGCCAUGUAUGGAUAGAACUGAAACUGAAAAUAUUCACACUGGAAGCAAGUCAAAAGGUGACUUCAGAAUGUCAGAAGAUAUUCAGCAGAAAUAUCAGGAUCCUGCAGCCCUUAGGAAGGACUAUGGCCAUAUGAGUGCAUGGGAACCUGUGGAAUAUAACAUUGACCAAAGCACAGAAACCACCCAGAAAGAAGGUAAAAUGCAACUGCAACAGCAAAUCAGCCCCAUUAGAAAUGAAGGAAAUGUGGAGUCAAAAGGAAGAGGUUUUCUGGAGUUAGUGAAAAGCACACUCUUUCCUCCACUACAGCGUAUUUUUGGUGGAAGCAGCUGACUUCUUGAGCUUGUGGAAAGGUGGACUUGUAGCUUAAACUUCAGAAGGUUUCACUACUCCCACUGAAUUCAGCUUUUAAAAUUGUUUGUGUCCAAAUUAGUAAAUGCAAUUACUUAAGCUGUUUAUGACUUUUAAAAA